AGAUGGAAAGUAAAGUAUCUUUGAUUUUACUAGGUUAUUUUGUUUGGCAAAAAUGACGUACAAAAUUACAAAUACUUGUGGAUGCUUCUUGUUGAUGUUGACGCUGAUCUGCAAUUACCAAUGCAGUGACGUAUUUGUAACACAGCCCAAUGGUACUGCAGUAACUGCACACACGUGGGAAAGGACUGGAAAUUUCCGUUCAGCGAGGGAGAAGCGACUCUACGUACAGGGACGCACGAGACCGAAUCCUAAGGAAGCUUCAUUGAAUACGGUCCAAAUAAUAAAUGGUCGAGGUUAUCCAUUUGAAACUCAUAGUGUGAUAUCCUAUGAUGGCUACGUUCUCGAGUUGCAUCGCAUUCCAUACGGUAAAGGCAAGAAGAUGGCGCCCAAGUUCUCCAGACGACCCGUUUUUCUCCAACAUGGACUGAUGGGUAGUGAUAAUGUCUGGAUACUUCUUCCAGAUGCUCUUGCGUUCACCUUAGCCGAUGCAGGAUACGACGUUUGGUUGGGCAAUGCUCGAGGCAAUACGUAUUCACGCCGCCAUGUUAGUCUCGAUCCAUCACAAGAAGAAUAUUGGAAUUUCUCGUUCGACGAAAUGGGCAACUACGACAUUCCAGCCAUCAUUAAUUUCGUACUGUCAAAGACAGGAGGCCGACAGAUGAGUUACAUAGGUCAUUCAAUGGGAUGUACUAUGUUCUUUAUCUGCAUGUCGUUACAUCCUGAGUUGAAUGAGAAGAUUGAUGUGAUGAUUGCAUUAGCACCUGCGGUUUCAAUGGCAAAGUCAACAGCUCCGCUGAUGGUUAAGCAAGCACCGUUUGCUCCACAAAUAAAGUUUGUUUUUGAUUUGAUUGGUGUGCGUGCGUAUCAACCAGUAGAUUCAUUUUGGAACAACCUCCGUAAGCAAUAUUGUGGACCUCAUCUUUUCUUACGUUAUUCCCUUUGUCAGAAUACGUUAUUUUCCUCUUCAGGGGAUGACUAUCAUUCUAUAGAUUUGAAUCUUUUACCAAUUAUUGAUGGCCACAAUCCGGCCGGAACAUCAGUUAACACUGCUGUCCAUUAUGCGCAGAACUACAUAGCUGGUCAGACGUUUCAACGUUUUGAUUUUGGUCGUCAGGAAAAUCUAUUGCGUUAUGGCCAAACGACUCCACCAACUUAUGAUUUGAGCAAAGUCACAUCUAACGUCUUCAUUUUCUGGGGGCAGAACGAUAAGGUUUCCGCUCCUCAGGAUAUCGCCUGGCUGGAAACUAAACUAGGAAAUUUGAGGAAUUCCAUUAUGAUCGAAGAUCCACUAUGGAAUCAUUUUUCGUUUCUCUUUGCGACAGACGCGAAACGACUAGUCUACGACAAACUGAUUCCGUUUCUCCCCUAACUUAUUUUGUAGCGUUGGAUGUGAUGUUUAGUUUAUU